CUGUAUAAACUUAAAACCAUUAUCGAAAUUGAAACAUUCACACAACAAUUGGAGUUUUGUUUAAAGAAACUAUCUAUCUCUCACUACAAAUGGCCAUGAUGCUUAUACUGGCUCUGACCUGAGGAAAUUGUAACCUUAAAUACAACUCACACUUUCAAAAAUCACACUUGUUCCUCUUUAGACUAUAUUAUGACGAAGGGAAGGGGAUUUCAAUUUCAUCUAUAACUUCAAACAAGUGUGUUUGUCUCUAUCUCUCUCCGUGGGGGUAGGAGUAGGUGAGGAAAGAAAUAUCAGUUUCAACACUGCAUGGACAACAUUUAGGUCUGUAUUUUCUGGUAGCUUAGGAUAUUUACCAAGUCUCUAGAACAGAGUUUCUCAACCGGGGUUCUGUGAGAGGUCACUAGGGGCUCUGCGAAAGAUUGUGAUAAAAUAAAAAUAAACAUUGUUCUUCAAACUUUGCGCAACUUGCGUGCAAGCAUUCACAGUGGUGGGCAGUGACUGAGCAGCUGUGUUAACAAUCUUUAGAUCGAGGUCGCUCAGCCUAGUAUGGCAGUGCGCAGUAGGACUGUAUUUAUUUGUUGAGUUCAUUCUCAGUUUUUGACAUGACAGAGAGGAGGCUAUUCUCCCGCUACGUACAGAAAUCCGAUGGAAGAGUUCUCAACAGGGUGUCUGAACUUAAAGGUGAAUUGCAGGAGUACUUAAAAAAAAAGUAUGCCAGAUUUUACCGAGUGCUCUGAAGAUGAAGAAUGUCUGCAGAAAUUAGCCUACUUAACAGCCAUUUUUCAUCACAUGAACCAGUUGAACAGGUCCCUGCAAGGCCCUGGAGAAAAUGUUUUGACUUCAAUGACAAGAUUCUUGGAUUUAAAAGGAAACUGACUCUUUGGCAAAAUCAUAUUGCAAAAGGAAAUCUUGAAAUGUUUCCACCACUGCUUGGGCGUGAGGAAAGAUAUCAGAAAGUCUCGAGUGUUAUCGAAAACCACCUGGAAGAACUGCAGAACAAAAUUGAGCAGUAUUUUUCCUCUCUUUCAACACAAGUGUAUAACUGGAUAAGGGACCCUUUCUCAGAGUCUUCCGCUCAGACUGAUAUCCUGACUUAGAGAGAAGUGGAAGAACUUCGUGUACUGAAGUCUGAUUGUGCAUUCAAGAUGAGAUUUACUGAACUGUCCCUGGACAAGUUCUGGAUUUCUGUGAAGGAAGAGUAUCCUACCAGUCAUAGGAAAGCAAUGAACAUUUUGCUGCAGUUUUCAACUUCUUACAUGUCCAGCUGCGCAGCGUCGAUUUUUCCUAUAAUCCGUUGGACUGAUGUGGAGAGCUCGCAAACACUUCCCUUGGGCGCCAGAAGUGGCUCCUCACUGCUAUCCAUGGACUAAACUUUGAUGCAGCUAAUAGAGGACAACAAUCGCCGUUACAGAAAAUGCAGCGGUGAGAAAUAGAGAUGGCAAUGAGCAGGAGCCUGAAGCGCCGAUUUGAAGAGCUGGAUGCUACAUCCUUCUGUUCUUCAGCCAAGGAAUCGGAUGAUGAUAUCUGUAACAGCGACAGUGCAGACAGCUGUGACAGCCUCAACUCUCCCAGCUCUCGAGAAUUGUGCCCACCCUCAAUCCUGAAGAAGCAGAAGCUGAUGAGGGCCAAGAGUGUUCGUUUCGACCAAGUCACGGUUUACUACUUCACCCGCCGCCAGGGCUUCACCAGUGUGCCCAGCCAGGGUGGCAGUUCCCUGGGUAUGGCCAGACACCACAGCUGUAUCCGCAGGUACACACUGUGUGAAUUUGCUGAGGAGCAGGAACAUCUUCACCGACAAAUGCUCCGUGACCACUUGAAAGAGGAGAAGCUUAAUGUACGCAAAAUGAAGCUGACCAAGAAUGGUACGGUUGAGUCGGAGGAGGCCAAUGUGCUCACCAUUGAUGACGUUUCCGAUGAUGACAUUGAUGUGGACAGUAUUGAGGUAGAUGACUAUUUCUUUUUACAACCACUACCCACAAAAAGGCGAAGAGCUUUGUUACGUGCAUCGGGCGUCAACAGGAUUGACACGGAGGAAAAGCACGAGCUACGGGCCAUUCGCUCAUCCAGGGAGGAAUGCGGGUGUGACUGUAGGUUUUACUGUGAUCCCGAGGUGUGUCCCUGUAGCAAAGCAGGAAUCAAAUGCCAGGUGGACAGGAUGUCUUUUCCCUGUGGCUGCUCCAAAGAUGGCUGCGCCAACACAGCUGGCCGGAUAGAGUUUAACCCCAUCCGCGUCCGGACUCAUUACUUGCACACCAUCAUGAAGCUGGAACUGGAGAACAAGCAGCAGGACUUGCAACAGCAGCAGCUGUCACUGACCGUCUCCCAUUCCCCCAGUGACAGCCACAUGGAAACACAGGACUAUCAGGAAUUUGCUGCUGAAAAUUACGACUUGGAGAAUGAGACUGCUGUGAUGCACUUACAGUCUGCUGAGGAGAUGGACAGGAAAAAGGAAGAAGAGGCUGACUUAACCAGUUCUAGUGUAACCAUGGAUACCACUGUAGAAAGCCUAGAAGUAUGUAUAUUAGGAGAUGCAGUAGCUAGUGCCAGUGAAACAUGCCAAGGCCUAGCAACACCAGUUGUGAUCCAAGCAGAAGUGACUCCUGUUUCUCCUGUGUUGUGCUUUUCUGACAGUGCUGUUCAGGAUAACUCGAAGCCUGAGGAACAGACAUAUUUAAGAAACUCCACAGUGUUGUAUUAUCAAAUAGACCCAAGCUGUGCUGUAGAUGUGAACUGCAGCGAUAGAGAGGCUGAAUAUGUGCAAGCACCUGUAGAAUCAAGGUACCCAAAGGAAGCCACUGUAGAAAAUUUGGUUGCUGCUGCCAGUAGCUCCUUGGCAUCUUGUGUGCCUGUCACAGAGCACUUUUCUCUAAACACAGGGACCUCCAAUUGCCAUAACAUCCAAUAUCCCUCAAUAGAAGACUGCACUGUGUUAAUAAAUGGCAGUAGCAAUGUUCACACAGAAAAUACUAAGCAGCAGCCCCAAUUACAUUCAAACUUUCAAGAUGGCCAUCUCAGGGCUUCUGAGGGGGAGCUUUGUGCAUCUGAGCCAACUGUGCAAGGCAUGUUUUGCCAGUCUGUAGGUCUGAAAACCCCAGGGGAAACCCCAGCACUGAACCCAGUAACUCUGUAAUCAGUUUCUGUAGCCAGUUUGCAAAAUUGCCUGUAGCUUUUUGCUGAUUUAAAUGUUUAUUUAUUUAGGUUUUUUUCCAGUAAAACACAAAAAAAAAUAAAGAAAAACUGGAAGAUUGAAGUUAGGGUUUGUUAAAAGAAAAGGCAGAGGAUUUAUUAAAUCUAGAUUCCAACAGAGACUCUCCUCUUUCUGAUUACCCGUAAAAAUGGAGGUAGAAGAUGAAUGUAGACUGCAGCAGCCUGGUUUUGAGAUUUUGGAUUAGAGUGGGUAACAUUUGGUCCCUUUAUUUUUUUAAAGAAAAGUUUCUUUAUCCCCUUGAUCGCACACACACAUUUGAGUAGUGGUUUGCGCCUGUGGAGCAAAUGCUUCAGAUUAAUUUUGCAUUUAAUUUCAAGCCUUUUCCGGCAUCAGUGAAUUAUCCGGUAUUUCUCUGACUGAGCCACCAUUGCUCUUGGCUCCCCAGUAGAUUAGUGUAAUUUUGUUAGAUAAUUUCCCCAAAGGGAAUAUGUAGUCUUGAAUGGAAUACUAAGGCAAAAAGAGGCAGUUCAAAAUAUAGGGGCCAAAUUGGGGGUUUCUAAAAUGAGCACAGCCAAGCCCUUAAUUGUAAACUGUACACUUAAAGUCCCUGCAUGUUGGCUGCACCACCUUGGAUUGGACAGAAGUUGGUUCUUGUACCUGUCACCUUAAAUGUCACCAUUCUACCCAAUGGUUACUUGUUCCCCUGUUGCAUGCUGAUUAAGAGGCAUUGACUGUGAGAAAGUAUUUGGUAACCUUCUUUUGAAAGGGAGGGCUGCUGAUAUCAAAAUUCACCUAAGUAAUGCAAUGUUUGAACAGUGUGUAUUUGAAGGAUGCCUUUAUUUUGUCUGAAUGCUUUUUUACAUGGAGAUAGUGCCCCCCUUUUUAAUUCUAUUUAAACUUUUAUUUGCACAGAAUCUAGAAAUAUGCACAGUCUAGUGCUGGAUUCACACUCUUAAAUCUGCUUUGUGAAACCCAAAUCAGGAUCUGCAAAGUACUUUAAAAUGUCCUCUUGGUGAGUGGAUGGUAUUUAUGAGAAAAUUUCAAUUGCUUUUUUUCUGCCAUUUCUGAUUCUACCAGUUAAGGGAAAUGUAUUUGCCCGUUUCCCUGAACAGUUCGCAACUUGUGUAUACACAUAUAUAAAAACCUAAUCCACCUUUGGCAUUGUGUAGCCAUGGAGACUACUUUGGUUGUAGCUUGAUGCUUAAACUUGUCUCUGCACAAUGUGAACAUUUGUAAAUGUGUGCCAAUGGUAGACCAGUACUGGGCUUGGCUAUUCAUCAACACAAUGCUCUGUGUGAGAGUCUGUCCCUCAGUCUUUUCAGAAUAUCUUAUCUCUUCAUACCCUUUUAACCUAAAAUUAAAACCUGCAAUGAUCAUUUUGCAGUUUCUGUUUGGGAGGAUGAUUGUGUGCACAGCAACGUAAUGUCAUGGUGUUAGGGUGGGGAAGAGUAUUCUAUGUGUGAAAGGAGCCCAUUGUUUUCCACAGUGAGGGAGAAUCCAGGGUGAGCUUUGCUUGUGUCUUAGAAUCCCCAGGCUGCCCUGGUGUUAGUGGAACUCUGUGAAUGGUAUGCUACUUGCAAGGGAAGAGAAGAAAACUGACCCCCAAUCUUUCCUUUUCUUGAAGAAAAUAUCACAUCAGCUGACCUUGCGGGUUGCGUGUGUUAGUUAUGAUACGUCUUUACAAGUAACAACUCCAUGAUAGCUGUAGCAUUCUUAUCUUGCACGGUAGCUGUUCGGUAUAAUGCUCUCUCUCUGUUCUCUGUCUUUUGCACCAGAAAUUUCUUAAACCCGCACCAUUCCCUUCCAAAAACAAUACUCUUAUUGAAGAGGAGAUGAGUGACUAAACAGGUAAUGUUUCAACAAUGUAACCCGAUUCCCUCCAUGUUGAGAGGCCAAGCUUCAUGCUGUGCAAGAGCAGCCUUCUAUAGUCCAGCAAGUCAGUGCUUGGAGGGAAGAGGUUUGGGAUGCUGUGAAUUUGCUGCUUUGCAGGUCUUGGGAGGUGAUCUUUUUGAGGAUGAAACAGCUGGAUGUCUCUGGUGCCUUUUCAUUUCUUGCUUGCAAACCUGCUUUUGUUGUUUAGUUUGUAUUACAUAUCGAGGCUUUAAAUACCGCAAGAUCUCUCAACUUCACCUGUAGUUAAGGCAACUGAAUGUAGCUUUUCCUGUAUUUAUCGGGGUUCAAUUUCAUUAGUUGCAUAUACACACAUUUGUUUUCUUAGUUAAGAAAUUUCAUGACAUAUGCUGAUGAUGUUAAAUCUGAUACUGAUUUAGUUUUUUGACAAGUGUUGCUCAUCCCCAAUUACUUUUGAGAAGGUGGGGUUGAAUUGCCUUGAGCUGUUGCAGUCCUGAAGACUCUAGUGUGGAGAGGAAGUUGUAGGAUUUAGACCCAGAAAUUAAGGGUUCGUGACAUAAUUCCAAGUCAGGAUAGCGUGCAACCUUGAAGGGAACCUGCAGGUGGUAGCAUUUCCUUGCACCUACUGCUCUCGUUCUAGGCAGGAGAGGAGAGGAGAGGAAGUGGAAGUCUUUGCAAGUUGCCAGUAACUUGCAACCAGGCCACACUGCAUUGUUAGAUCAAGUUCAGACACCAGCUGAAGUGAUUAUUUACUUAUCGUCUUGUUGCUUUGAGUGUCUGUCUUUCAUUAAGAGGAAAAUUGUGUGUGUGUGUGUGUGUGUACAUGUGUAACUGUGUUUCAUAAUAUUCAUGUAAUAUUGGCAAGUGGGAAGAAGGGAUUAGUUUUAUUUUAACCAGAAGGGUGAGUGAGUAACACUAAGUCAAGCAUACUCUCCUUUUACACAUGUGCCUCAGUGCCCAGAUGCCUGUUUUCCAGAUACAAGAUUGUUUAAUGUAAUUUCCUGUACAUAAGUGUAAGGAGAACAAAAUAAUUGUUACUCCAGAUCUGAUGCAGCACCAAAAAAGAAACACAGGGCAAAAAAUACAAUAAUAAAAAAAAACACCAUAAAUAUAAAUACACAAGUAUGUGAUCUCCACCUGGUUGCUGUGAAUUAGAAACAGUGAUCCCAGCCCUGAUUUCCAGGCACUCUGCAAUACUUUUCCCUCACCUUAACUCUCACUGUGGCUUUCCAUCUGCCAACUUUUCACUUAUCAGUUCCUGGAUUUAAAUAGAGCUCCUGUUCUACAGAGCAUUGCCAGUGGUUUUUGGAAGUCUGCCUCUACCCAGGAUGGCAUGGAGGAAAGUUGCUUUAUCUCUGUGGGAAGGAAAUAUAUUGAAAUUUGGAUCUAGUUUUGCUAGGAAAGUCCUGAUGAACCUGGUCUUAAUGCAGAUAGGCUGGUGGGAGAAGUCCUCAUACCAUCCCCAAACAAGGACAAUUUGGUGGGGAUGGUCUUUAUAUAUCUUAUUCUAACUAACAACAAUUUGGUGAGGACAGUCCUUGUGUACCUGCUGGUAAUUCAGGAUGGAAUAGAGGUGCUCAAUCGACAUUUACCUUCAAAUGAUAUCUUUGUAUCAGGAUAGCCUCAAUCCUUGAAUUGUCAUGGGUGUUUAUGAUGCCCUGACCCUGAGAAUUAUUUAUAUUUUUUCCAUCCUGGUCACAUUGCAAAUCUAAAUUUUAAAAUCCAGUCCAGUAGUGAAGCCUGUAAAAUGCAACUUGGAUGUAUCCUCUUGUACUGCUAUCAAUGUGUAACAGCUUGAUUUAGUCAUUCAGGUCAUUGCAUUGAAAGCACACUGCAAGGAGCAAGAUGGUAAUCUGAAACUAUGAAAGGUUGUGCUCAAAUCUAGUUGCAUCUUGCAUCCGAAAGGCACCAUUUAAAAAAAUUAAUGUAUACUUUGUUUUUUUUUGGUUUUCUGGUCAUUCGAUUUGUCCACUGAAAGUGAUGAAGUAUCCACUUCUGUCUGAAUGUGUGUGUGGCUGUCAGUCUGUGUUCGCUUUUCAUCUUACUAUCUCAGAAUGGUACUUAUUCUAAGCCACUGGGCUUAUCACAGAGAAAAGAAAGAAUCUAGAUUGCCCAUACCUGUUCUACAUUAAUUUUACACAGCUAUUCAAAAAUUUUACUUUCUUUAAAUCACAGUAUGCUGUUUCAAAUUCUGCUCUCAUCUCUUUUAAAUAGAUCUAGUUCCAUUUAAUAAAAAAUGAACUUCCUCUCCUCUCUGACCUCUGCUCAGAUUGCUCUUUGGGCCCUUAAGGACUGUAUGAACAGUCUGACAUAUUCUGCAUUCUUUCCUUGUGCCUAAUCACUGCUGUUACACAGGGUCACAGUUGGACCUCUGCCACUGCACAGUUCCACAUGCCAUCAGCCUCCCUGCUUAGCUCUGAAGCUGCAGUGUGCUCGCACUGAGUCCAACCUUCACAAAGAGCCAAAUGCUCUGAGUUCAGCACCGUUACAGUGUGGCAGUAAGGGUCUGGAGAAGGCUUAGCAUGCAGCUCUGACCAUGACCCUACAAGAGGUCAAGGGCUGUAUGCAAUGUUACUUUGAUUAAAUUUAAUCCAAUUCCAGCUGUGCAGCAUGAAGCUGCACUCCUAACGAGCACACUUCGAAGGGCUGAAUCUGUUGAUUCAAGAAUUGCAUAGUAGGCUGGGUUUACUGGCUGCCACCCCAACUGGCUGUCAAUCUUUGUUUUUGAAAUUACUGACUCUUUCAUACAAUUCCCAAAUCUGGCAUCUGCCUCAACUAAUAUUCAACUGAAACUGAAUUGUUUGUUUGAAAUAACUGGGGCUGUCAACCACCUGUGUGGAGUUAAAGCUACCAUUGACUUUAUACACCUUUUUUUUGGGAAAGCACUUUGGUUAAAGCCACGUGGGGAGUUUAUUUAAAUAUAUUUGAGUCUUAUGAAUAAAAAUGUAAUUUUUUUGUUUAAACACUACAUAUUGACCGGCUACUAGUACUGAUUGGUUUAUUUAUAAGGAAUUAUUUGAAAAAGUUGAGUGCAUGAGAAAUCCUGUUUUAAACAGAGUGUGUAUAUAAUACUGGGAUCAAUUUUAUUUUUAAAAAAGUAUGAAUAUAUGAUUGUGAUUGAAGUUGAACAGAUGCCAUGUUUGCGAGGGUUAGAAUGUAAAAGGAGUGCAGCUAAAUGUGGCUCACAGUUUGCUCAGUCAGAAUAAGAAUGGAUUCCUCACUGCCUGCAUUACAUUGAGGGAACAAGACAGGUGGAUGAAAAAUUACCCUGACUGGCCAAACUCAUUUGAAGGCAAUAAGUUUGGCCACUGUGAAAAUGGAACAUUAUCACAUUAGACACAGUUGUUCUGUGGCUGAAAUUAAACAGUGUUGUAAAGACACUGUCAGAGCAAUGUUAUUCCUGCAUUUAACUCUCCUAAGUUUGGAAGUGCUUGAUACUAAUAUAUAGUGUUCAAAAAGGAAAAUGAUCUUCACUGGGAAUUCACUAAGAUGCAAGAACAGGCGUAAUGGAUGCUGCUUAUUCAAAGUAAGGCCAGCAUUUAAUGCCUAUGUUAAGUACUGUUGAAACAAGAGUGUCUUGCCACUGCGGAGGGCAGUUAAGAGUUGAACCAUAUUGCUCUAGGUCUGGAGUCACAAAGAUCAGACUAAGUAAUGAUGGCAGAUUUUCUUCUGGAAGGAUAUUAGUAAACCAAAUAGAGUUAUUGCCAUUUUAAGCAAGUGGUGUAAGUUUUUGGAGCUGGGGGAAAGGGAGAAGGAACGUUGAUAAUUUUUUUAAUCCAUAGUUGUCACUGUUGCACUUUGUUAGUGGCCUUAUGACCAGUUUGUUGCAAAUCUAUCUGUAGAUACUGUACAUAGAACAGAAUAUUUCUCACUGCUGCCUCCUUGAGGAGGAAAUUAAUCUUACAAUCAGUGGUGAAAAUAAUUGAGGCAAAUUAUUUGGCCUGGAGGUCAAGGAGAUGACCAAAACAAAUCAAAUCAUUAGGUCCCUGCUUCAACAGUGCACUACUAUGGGAAAAGCCAGCUAUUUGGAGUGCACUAUGACUUGGAACAUGAGGGGAGUAACUGAUCCUGAACUGUUGUAAAGCAGUCUUGCAGGUCAACUCCCCCAGUUUUAAUAGGCGGUGAGGCAGGAGGAAAGCAAGAGUCUGUAGAGGGUUUUCAAUUUUUAUUUAAUGGGUGUGUGAAGGAAGUGUCAUCACUUGUAACAUGGUGUUCCUGCCACCACUGGAACUUUAUACAGUUAAUGCAAGCACUGUGCUGUUAGGGCAGCAAAAACAGAGCUACUCUGUAAUGUAGCUGCACAGAAGAUUGGACCAUGUUUGGAUUACUACCCUGUAUUCAAGUGCUCUGCAUUAGAAGCUACUGCAAAGCAAGUGUACAAGUUGCUAACAGUUUUUAUGUAGCGGCCUUCUGCAUUGUACCAGUUGCUUACAUACAGAUAAGAAAAUGCACUAACAUGCAAAUUACACACCAUAUUUUAUAGUAAAUCUGCAGGGCCAAGAGGUGAAAUUGCCUCUCCUUUUAAAAAGUUGCUGAACUAUUGUACUGUUGGAGAAAAUAAACUGAAAUUAAGCCUGUAAUUUAAUACAGGAUGGGCAUUCUCAGUGCUUUUAAAGUGACCAAGAACUAAAGUAUUUAUGUGAACAAAUGCAAACUGGUUUAGGUCUAAGUUGCUUCGUGUUGAUUUGUUAUAUGUUGGUUGUAAUCCUACUUGUUUCUCUUCUCUGCCCUACCCCUUAAUGGUAAACGAGUUACAUUUUGCCCCCAAGCCAUAAAUAGGCAUGAAAGCGCACAAACAUCCCUGCACCACUUCUAUUGCAAUGCAUCUGUUAUGUCGCAAAGUUGUAGUCUUGACGCAAAUUGCUACAUUGUCGAGCGGCUGGCAAACAUGGCAAAAUGUUUUCUUUUCAAUAAAGGCCUUUUGAACCAAUUUUGCAAAGUGGACUUUGUGCCCCGAGUGGUUUGUGUAGUGUGAUAAUGGUACAUUUGUGGACCUGGAUUAAAUGAGAUGCAAAGCAAAAGAAAUUAUUUGGCACUUCUCAUAUGGUCUCUACUCAAUUCUGCGAGCAAUAGUUUUCUUCUACUACAGUUCGUAUCUUCUGUUUCAGCACUGGAAGGUUGUGGAUUCAAGUCCCACUCCAGAGGCUUGAACACAAACUCUAGACCAGCAUUUCCAGUACAGUGCUGCAGGAUUAGAGUGACAAUGCUAAGGAGUGCUGAAACACCAAGGAAAUACUGGGAGAAUUGUGCUGGCAGAAGGCAGUGCUAAGAUGUGUUGGGCUUUUGGAAGGUUAUUACCAAUGCAGCAUCGCAAUUUUAGUGCUUUUUUUUUCCCUAUAACUAAAGAAGCUGCCAGCCUUCUCGGGUGGAUGUAAAAGACUGCACAGCACUCUUAAGGAGCAGGGAUGAUCUCCCUACUCUCCUUUAUACUUUAUUGUCGCCAAACAAUUGGUACUGCCCAAUAUUAAUUCUACAACCAACAACAGGGAGCAGAAUAUCAAACAUUAAUUCAUCGCUGAUUAUGGGAACUUUGUGUUUACAAUUUGUCUCCUUCACUUAGUGGAUAAAUGUGUGAAAACCCCAAAAUAGUUUGCUCUGAAGGAGAUAAACCUUGGCAUGGGAGGUGGUGGUGUGUGUGUGUUGGGGGUGGGGGGCAGGGAGGAGAAGACAGUAAGAAGGCUAUUCAUGGUAUCAACAAAUUGAAAAGAAUGUGAGAGAUUGCCACAGACUUGGAACUGUAACAUAAAGGAGAACAAAGGGCAUGGAUUUGGUUACUUUCCUCAAGAUUGUGCCUUAUCAGUAAACAUUUAUUUGGAGGGUGAUCAUUUUAUUGGACCAUUGAGGGAGUACAACAUCUUGCCUGGCACAAUGUCCUAUACUCUCACAUUUGGCUAAUAAUUACAAUUUCUGUUAAAGCAAACUGCUGAACACCUUGUUUAUAAAGAUCUUAUUCCUUUAACUUUAGAUAGUAUAUCUCUUCUCUCUGUUUAGUUGCAGAUAACUGCUGCUACUAGUUGGUCAGGUUAAAAGGCUGCAUACCAACAUGAGGUAUUGUAAAGUUGCCAGUCAACAUUCAAAGGAAAAGUUGUAUUCCUUGAUGUUUAAAAAUGCAGUGUUGGACUUGCUCUAAUUAUGUCCCAAAUGCCAACAGUCCCUUCAAACAGUGGUCUGUGUAAUCCUCAUUUAAAUCUGCUACAGAUCUGCCAUUGAAGGGUGGGAUGUGUUGACAAUAAGCACAAAGCAAUUAAUUUUGUCAUCUGGAUCUUAUGCUCAAAUGGAACUCUUUUCUGCAUUAAAGCCAUGUUGUUGGUUGAUCCCUUUUUAAAAAUCCAAACGGGUCUACUAAAGUUUCAGAUUACAGUUGUCAAUAUUAACAAUGUCAUCAAAUAAACUGCCACAGUCAAAGACUUUUCUCUCUAACAAAAUUAAUCCAAAAUUAAGUGAUGAGUCGUAUCAAAGCUGCCAUUGCUGCUGGUGCAAAAAAACAUUUAAAAUAUUGAAUAAUUUGGUUAAAUACUAGGAGGAAUAUAAGAAUUUAGAAUUUAAUGUAAUCUCUAUUAUUCUAACUGAAUGUCUUCCUUAUUUGAACUGGAUCAAUAUUUAGUUUGUUUCAAGUGCCCCUUUCAGGCUGUCAUAAUUUUUUGUAGAAAAUGAUUAUUCAGAGGAGUAAUGUGUUCUGUUCACUAUCCAAUAUCAGGCAAGAUAAUGCAGUUUCUACUUUAUCUCAAUGGAGAGUUUCAAACCAAAAGUCAGCUGAAUCAUAGUGUUGCUCAUAGUAGAGCAGCAAACCCAUGUUUUAUAAACACUGCAACACUAGUCUAUGUGAGGCAUGAUGUAAAAUUUUGCUGCUAAAGUGUACAUGUGCAUAAAGUGGUACAUGCCUUUAAGAGCCUGUGGCUGUGCCUUAUUGGGUCAGUUAACAUUGAUUGCUCUAAAGCAAAUCUUGAGGGCAACUGGAGGCCAGAGAAGUAAGUGUGAUGGACAUAGAUGCAAUAUUUAUAUUAAAUGAUACUGAUUGGUGUAAACCUGUUACAUUAAGAUUUUUGCAUUCAUUUCAUGUAUUUUGUAACCACUUACAAUGUCAUCAACAGAAGGGUAUGGGGCUUCCACUCCAUCAAUUGGUAUCCAACGCACAAGCUCAGCACAGAAAACAGCCUGUCAAAACUGCGGUUCAAUCUCACCACUUUGGUGGAUUGGUGACUUAAAUGAACAGUAUUUAAUGCACACUACAGUA